AGCUGAUCCAUCAUUUUCUAUUCUCUUGUUGUUAUGUUUGUUUUUCUUUCUCUUCCAAUGUUUCAAGUUAAUUAGGCUCAUUCGUUUGGUCUUCUAAUUAGAUUCAACGGUUCCAUUUAAUUAACUAUCAAUCUCCAUGUUUAAAGUGAUCAAAUAAUCAAAUAAAUCUUGGAUUAUAUUGAUUUGGUUGAACACUAAUUCAUCAUUAACAGAAAACCCUACUAAUCAUUUACAUCCUUAAGGCUCAAAUUGUUUAAUUAUGGUGGAUUCUUCAAACUGUUUCGAACCCCCUGAGGUUCGUCUGAAAAGUUUGAGCGAUAUUGGUAGUAAAGUGUCACUUAAUACUAGUCUUCAAAUACGCUUAUAUUUCAAUUCUGGUAAUGAGAUGCAACGAAUGGCAAGAGUUUUCCUCAAGGAGCGUAACUAUGAACGAGCUUAUGUAAUAUACAUGAGAUACAUAACAUUAUUUGUCGAAAAGCUUCGUGAACAUCCCCAAUAUAAAGACGCUGAUCCCUCGCAAAAAUCGAGGGUUCGUGACAGUUGCAAAGAGAUAUUUCCUAUUCUAGAAGAUUUGAAAAGUAAACUAAAAGCCAAAUACGAAGACGAGUACAAGAUUUACCUGCAGAAAAGAGAACAAGAGAGGAAAGAAGCUGAAAGUGUCCACCAAGAAGGAAAGAAACAAGAAUUUAUUAAAUCAUUGGAAGAUCGUUUGGCUGAGAAGAUACAAUUCAAAUUAUCUGAACUAGAGGAUAAUCAAGUUUCCAAAGAUACUGAUAAGCUAAAUCCAAAGUCCCAAGCGGGUCCAUCAUCGGCAACUGCCACUCCGGCAACCACACCGGUGGAUAGAAACAGUCAAUUUAUCCUUCCCGAACCAAUAGAUAAUCAACCAAGUGCACCUUCAUUUGAUCGGUCGACUAAACCAAGUGGAUUCUAUUCAUUGUUUGGUGGAACUGAAGGAUUAAGACGAAUUCUGGUUCCUGUUGGAUUAACAUUGAAAUUCUUAGAAUUAGCUAAACCAAAUACUGGUAGAAAUAUUGAAACCUGUGGUAUUCUUGCUGGUAGACUUUCAUUAAAUGAUUUUAUCAUCACUCAUGUUUUAAUUCCACCUCAAAGAGGAACCAGUGAUUCAUGUUUAACCGAAAAUGAAGAGAAAUUAUUUCUCUAUCAAGAUAAACAUGAUCUUAUCACCUUAGGCUGGAUCCAUACACACCCAUCUCAAAGUUCAUUCAUGUCCUCCAUUGAUCUACAUACCCACUGUUCAUACCAAUUAAUGUUACCUGAAGCUAUUGCCAUAGUUUGUGCACCCAAAUUUGGCGAGAUUGGUGUUUAUUCAUUGACCAACGAUUAUGGAGUUGAUUUCAUAGCCCAAUGUAAAACUACUGGUUUCCAUCCGCACCCAACGUCACCGCCGAUCUACGAGGAAAGCAAACACGUUAUAUUUGAAGACAAAGCGCCGCUUGAGAUUAUUGACCUUCGUUAAUAACAAUCUUUUAAUUACCAUAUCAUAAAUUGUGAUUGAGAUAAUGAUCAAUGAUAAAUUGCUGUCAUGAAGGGAAUCCAAUCAAACCACUAAUUAACUUUACACUUGUUUUUUUCACCAUUGUCAUCUCAUAUUUUUUUUUUUGCUUUUCUUUUGGAAAUAAUCUGAUUUAAUAGUGAAAAUCAACUUUUAAUUGUUACUCGAAUUGUUAACUGAUUAGAUGAUUUAUCAUUUUAAUUGCUAAUUCAGAAAAAGCCUCAGCUUUUAAUCCUUUUAAAUAUUCAUUCCAUAAUUUGAUGAUCCAAUUUUUAUCCUUUUAAUUGUUUUCCUUCAUCCAUUUCUGUUAAUUUGAUUUCCAAUUGCAAAUAAUUAACGUUUAUCCUUAAAUCAUCAGACACAAAGAUAAUAAUCAUCUCACAAUGCGAAAACACAAAUAUAACUUUUUCCUCAGUGUCGAUCCAACUCUUGGCUUCUGUUGUUAAUUAACCAUCACCUAAAACAACAGUACAUAAAGUUGAUUAUGAUUUAAA